AUGGCCAAGAAGAAAGGCAGCAAGGAGCCGGCGCAACCAGACGCUGCCCCCGCGGGCUCGAGUCUAAUCAUCUGCAGGAACAAGCAUUGGCGGUAUAUCUCGAGCUUCCAUGGACCAUGGCUCCAACUCCCUCCCGAGAUCCUCGAUUCCCUCGCGCACCAGAACUAUACGAUGCCCGCCCCGCGCCUGGUUGAUCCCGCGGUUUUCUACGAUGUCGUGAAGAUUAGAAAGGCGGUGGACGAGGCUGCGCAGGACUCGGUGCGAGCUUCGACGGGGAUCAGCAAUACCGCUAUGAGUGGGCGCAUGGACUACUUUGGGGCGGGAGGGGGACCUGGAAGCCAAUUGAGUAAAGAGCGGAUAUUCAAGAUUCGGCAGAAGGCAGUCAAGUUACUGAGCAAGGCAUUCACAUUGGAUGAGGUUGCGGCGAGUGUUGCGACUAUGCAGGCGACGAGCACGGUUGAGGAUGUUGCGCAGCAUGUGCUCAAGCGGGAGCCGAAUAGCACUGAUGCCAAGUACGUGCAUUUCUUCCACGAAAAGAUCCCGUCCAGGGCAAUGGAGCAGUAUACCCCUCUCGAACCUCUGAACGAGAUCAUUACGGCACUUCCGACAGAGCACCAGGCUGCGCCUUUACGGACUCGAGCGCUCGUUCAGAUCUUCAAACACCAAUGGGAAGGAGCUGCGAUCGACCUCACACUGGCUCUUCGAAUCGUGGAAGAGACGAAGCGCGCGCAUAAGCCCAAUCAGCAACAAUUGGAGCUGGCUAGCAAGAUGAAGGAAGAGCAAGAGGCGUGGCAGAAGGGAUACAAGGAUUGGAGAUCAGUACCUCAGCUGAAAGAAGAGGAUCAACCCAGGAGCUUGGAAAUGCAGUUGCUUUUCAACCGCGCGGGAGUGUACCUCACAAUGGCCUGUCAAAGCGUACACACUGCGCUAGAUGGGCUCAAAGAAUACCAGGCGGCACAGGAAAAGGGCGAGACGAAUGGCGUGGAUGCGAAAGCGCAGGCUGUACGGCUGGAGGCUAGGAAGAAGGUGAAGGGAUAUGCGAAAAGAGCUUUGAAGGACUACACGGCUUUCAUCUCACACUUCGACUACACUCCUGGACUUCCGUUCGAGAUUACCAACGAGAUCAUGCGCAGAGUGUAUGAUCUUGCCAAUGGUAACAAGACUCAGACACCGAUGCCCAAGAACCGGACUAUCGCCAUGAACGGAGACGACAAGAAGCGAGUCAUUGAAUUGGAUGGCGACGGCGAAGAGAUCACCAACAGCAGUGGAGACGAGAAGGAAGCGAACAACUCCGCGUCCGCGCUCCAGAAGUACCAGAAGCCCAAGUCAGAUCCCUUCGAGCGAGGCGAAGACGGCUGGCCUCGAUUUCCUUCACCCAAGAUCCAUCCUGCGAGUGCCUUGUUCGCGGAGAAGCCUCCUUCAGACCUGCCGGUUUUUCCAAGCUCCGAAACUGAAGAGGCGAUGCGAAACAACGAGACGAUUCACGAGGCGUUUGGAAGUCGGGAGGCUGUGACGUAUCAUCCUCUGUUGACGGAUGCGCUACACUCGCUGUUGCUGGCACAUGCCUUAGUGCAGACCUCACCGACGGAACUCCUUCGCCAUGCUCACAACGCUGCACGCUUGGCACGAAUCGCGGACGGCUACCCCAUCUUCCAAGCGGCUAGAAGCCCGGCCCGAGCAGACUGGAUUGAGGUGCUACGUCGUGCCAACAACUGGCUCGGUCUUUCCAUUCCAUGGCAGAAGCUCUGUGCACCAGCGCCUCUACCAGAUGCCGCAGGAGGGUGGGCGAAGGACAGCGGCAGUGGCGCAUUGACGAAGCGACGUGAGUGCAAAGAGGAGACGCCUGAACAGAAGCGCGAGCGGAUCAAGCAGGAGUCGAUCAUUGACGCCCUCUCUGACGAUCGAGUCGUGGACGAGGAUUCUUUCCAGAAAGCCGUGCGUGCUCGCGAACGCCGCGCCAUGGAGGACGAGCAAGGCAUCUCGGGACCACUUAAGGACAAGGAUAGCAACACUACUUCCAAUUCCGACUCGCCAGUUUCGAGUCCCAAUGGAGAGGCAGCGCCGCCACCGCCCAAGCGGUGGGCUCAAGACGAAAACGGCAAGGAGUACCCCAUCUCGACAGAUCGCGCGGAAGCCAUUGCGAGAUGGAUCAAGGAGAGUCCGCUUUCCAUGGGUGGCAAGAAGAAGAAGCGGCCUGCCGGGAAGAGAAAGCCUGGUACGAAUGGCGUCCAUGAAGUCACUGAAGCCACGGGUAGUUUGGGUGUCGGUGGCGAUGACGAGGAGGGCCCGGAUUAG